AUGGAAGAUACUAAGAAUUUUCAAUUGAUUGGGCCUUUUAAUCUUGAAACAUUAUCGGAUAAUCAUGUUCAACAAACUCUGAUUACUAUGAGUAAUCAAGUAGUUAAAACAUUGCAUACAUUAUUUCUUCGAAAAGCAAUUGCAACUGAACAAUAUGAGAAAAUGAUGUACUACAAUCAAACAACAAUUUGUAAUUUCAAUCAUCUUUAUUUUAUACCAGAAAUGCGUAAUAAAAAAGAAGUUAUUGGACGACAUCUCAAUCAAAUAUUGUUUACUUGGAAUGAUUCAAAAGAUGAGCUUUAUACUUUACUAAAACGAGUAAAUCUUUUUCAUCCAAGACAUAUUCAAACUCAAAUAACAACAUCCAUCGAUAAUAAAAUAGAAUAUCUUGGUGUUGAAAUCUGUCACUAUGAAGGUCAACUGCAAACAAGAGUUUAUCAUAAUGUUGAUUAUGAACCGUAUGCCUUACCUUAUCAAUUAGAAACAACGACAGCAACAAUACCAGAAGAUUAUGACUUAUUAUUAGAUGCUGCUCUAGUUCAAGUCAUGUUCUUUUGUUCAAAUGUGGAUGAAUUUGAAAAUGAACGGUUGUAUAUUGAAGUAUCGUUUAUUAUCAAUGGUGCGCCAAUGAAUAUCAUCCGAGAAGCAGUACAAAAUUUUUUCGUUGAAUUCCAUUUAUUCAUGGAAGAUAAUACCUGUAUUCAUGAGAUUACUUAUCAAAAUCGUCUACAAUUUCUUCGAAAUAUUCCUCCAAAAGUAAAUAAAUAUACUUUAGAAGCACGUGGACAAGAAUGA